ACAAUGACCGGACCGAACAAGAAGACGAUGCGAUCUCACCAGCUUCACACUGCUACGUACCUUACCAUCGAUACAUCUGACCCAGUAUACAACGGAUCAAGAGAUGAGCCGCCAUCCCCACCGCCUCAACCACCUCCAAGCCCGGCAGGCUGGAACCGUCUCCUUGCGGUAUGUUGUGUCGCCAUUGAUGCCUACCAAUGCUGACCACACCCCAAGCUCGACUCCCUUGCGCCGUUGGACCUCUGAAUUCUGGGGUACAUGGCAGCAAUGCGAGUAAGUGCGUUAUGCUCCGUGCCGUGUGCGUCUGCUUACCGUACUUCAACAGAUCUUGAGCUGUACUAUACUGCAGUGAUCGUAUUUCCGUCAAUCGCAUCGAAUUCGUGGUUACCGUCAUUGGCUUUACGAUCGACAUCUGCAUCGAAGCAUCGGUCUUGUCUGCGUGCGACCAUCGAAGAUACCCAGCACAUGUUGUUAUUAUACGGCGUUUCUCACGUUGAGAGCUUGAAGCUUGCGGGAGCAAGGCAACUGCAAGGUCUUCACCGCAUUUCUCGUGACUUUGUUUUCGCUUCUUUUCAUGCGCGAUGGCGCCUUACAUACUGUAGUAUAUGCCUGGCAGGUUGCUGCGACACAUCAAAUUAAUCGGUUCUUCUCCGAUUAAAUUUCCCGAAUGCAAC